AAACUGCCACUGCCAGUCCGCUCCGCAACUCUGCAAGUUCGCUUCGCACUCGCAGUCUUCACAAACAGGCGCACAUCGCAGCAUGUCUCGGUGAUUGUAAAGGGCUAAGAAAAAUUCAUAUACACAGCUAAAUCAAAUCUAAUUUGAUGAAAAAUAUUGUAAUAAUGAGGUUUUUAUUCCUAUUCCUGGUGAUUUACACGACUAGUGUGGAAUCAAGUGUUGAUUACAAUGCAGCGGAUGCGAAUGUUGUGAUCGUAGACGCGGAUAAGCCUUACGCUCCAAACUGGAAAGACUUGGAUACUCGGCCUUUACCGGAAUGGUACGACAAAGCAAAAAUUGGUAUAUUUAUGCAUUGGGGAGUAUACUCAGUGCCAGGUUUCGGAUCAGAAUGGUUCUGGAGCAACUGGAAAUCGGGAGACAACAAGUCAGUAGAGUUUAUGAACAAGAACUACCCUCCUGGAUUCACAUAUCAAGAGUUUGCACCAAUGUUUACGGCUGAGUUCUUUGAUCCAGAUGCCUGGGCUGCAUUGUUCUAUAAAGCUGGAGCAAAGUAUGUUAUCCUAACAAGCAAGCAUCACGAUGGGUUCACACUUUUCCCAUCAAGGCGCUCCUUUAGUUGGAAUGCCAUGGAGGUUGGUCCAAAACGUGACUUAGUUGGAGAAAUAGCACAAGCUGUUAGGAAGAAUGAGAUGAAAUUUGGUGUAUACCACUCACUAUAUGAGUGGUUCAAUCCCAUAUACUUGGAGGACAAAAAGAAUUUGUUCCUAACUAAGAACUAUCCAAUGACAAAGUUAUGGCCAGAUUUGAAGCAGAUUGUCUAUGAUUAUGAGCCGUCAGUGAUCUGGUCAGAUGGGGAUUGGGAAGCUUUUGAUGCUUAUUGGAACUCUACUGACCUUCUGGCUUGGCUGUAUAAUGAGAGUCCGGUUAAAGAUGAAAUCGUUGUAAAUGACAGAUGGGGUAUUGGUAUUCCUUGUCACCAUGGAGAUUUUUAUAACUGUGCAGAUAGAUAUAAUCCUGGUAAAUUACAGAAUCAUAAAUGGGAGAAUGCUUUCACACUGGACUCCAAGUCGUGGGGAUACAGGAAGACUAUGCAGCUAAAUGAAAUACUCUCCAUUGAGCAGUUACUCAAACAGGUGGUGAGCACAGUCAGCUGUGGAGGCAACGCUCUCAUAAACAUAGGACCAACUAAAGAAGGUACAAUCGCACCGAUAUUCCAAGAGCGACUACUGGCACUCGGUCGCUGGCUACUAUAUAACGGCGAAGCUAUAUACGGGUCAUCGCCGUGGCUCCACCAAAACGACACAUACAAUUCGAACGUUUGGUACACGUGCACUAAGCAAGAUUAUGACGGCGACAGACCUACGUCACGGCCGAAGCACUCUGACGUCAUAAAUGCAGUGUACGCGAUAUUCCUUCACUGGCCAAGAGACAAUAUGCUGACGUUACGCGAUAUUGCGCCUUAUCUACACACCGGCACUUACAAAGUGCAAUUGCUCGGCAAUGAUGGAAUCUUGAACUGGAAAAUCUUCUCUGUCCUGGCCAUCAUCGACUUACCUGACAAAGCCACAGUAGAGUCAACUCACGCGUGGACAUUAAAAUUCACUCAUAAUUAAUUAAUGCCUAUGCCAAUACUUGUCUUGGCAAAAAUUUCGAGUUGGAAUAUUUAUGUAGGAGAUAGCUAGGUAUAUUAUAGGAUAGAUUUUGAUACCGAAUCGACCUGCCUAUGGAGCGAACGACGUGGAUCAAUAGGGUAGUUGAGUCAUAACAAAAAUAUAAACAUUAUUAAUUUAUAUCAAUACAUAACAUUAGUAGUAGUACAUGGAAUAAGGGUCCGAAAUAUAACCGAUAUCAAUUAUUAUAAGGAUUUCAUGGGAAACUUAAUUUAAAAAUGUUGUAUUUAAAAAUUUUUUUCCAAACGUCAAAAACGGUAUAGUCCAUUUUGUGACGUCACGAUGUUACUAAAAGAAUAAACGUCAAACUAAUUAUUAACAAAUAAUUUUGUCAUACAUGUUUGGUUAAGGUUUAGUAUUUACGUGACGUCAUAAAACAGUUAAAAUAUAGGCCAUCAUGGUCGACAGCGUUUUGGUUCGUAUUGACAAAAAAUAUUUAAAAAUUGAAAUUUUUAUGUUUUCAUGUCUCAAAAAAAAACUUUUUUGUUUUUUAAUCGGUAGCACGUGACCAAUUUCAGACACUUUUAAAAAGUGCUAUCCUAUUGCUUGACUAUUACUAUCGUUGAUACAUUGAUUAAUCGGUUGAAGAAUAAAUUCAGUUUGAUCAACUUUGUCCAUAUGUUUUUAACCGACUUCAAAAAGGAGGAGGUUCUCAAUUCGGUCGGUAUUUUUUUUUUUUUUUUUUUUUUUUUUUUAUGUAUGUACACCGAUUACUCGAAGACGCCUGGACCGAUUUCAAAAUUUUUUUUUUUGUUUGAAACGGUAUAGUCCCCAUUUGGUCCCAUUGCCAUCAUGUCAAGAUCUGAUGAUGGAAUCCUGGAGAAAUUGAGGGGAACUUUCGAAAGUUAUAUAGGUGUCUAGUGUGUUCGUACACUUUUCUAUUUAGUACUUUUAAGCACUACAAUUUCAUGAAGGUUUGAUAUCGAUCUGAUGAUGGAGCCAUAAAACAGACGAGGGAACUCCUCGGCGAUGUACAGCAGUUACCUUGUGUUUGGGCUUGAUUAAUUUGUAUUAAUGAGAACUUUCCACAUAGAUAGGUUGUGACUGUCAUUUAGGGGUUUGGUGAUGAAGACCAAGGACAAUUAAGGGAACCCCUUAACGGUUUACGGUAGCUACCUUGUGCUUGGGCUUGAUUAAUUUGUAUUGCUGAGAUAUUUGUACCAAGAUGGGUUGUGACUGUCAUUAGGGGUCUGAUCUAUUCGUUUAAGAUGAAAUUUUACACUAAAAAUGGAAAAAUAAUAAAAAUUUUAAUAAAAAAAAUACAACCGACUUCAAAACCUAAAAACGUACCCACUAAACUAAAAAGUGAAAAAUAACAUCAUAAUAUGUUCUACCUGCUGAUCAGUAUGAAGGCGGUGCUUAGCCGGUGUUGUCUUAAUGUAAGCCAUUUCUGACCACAUGAAACAACACUGUCUGCAAAAUCUAAAUCUAUAAGAUAUUCUCACAUGGCUUGAAUUAAUACAUCACCGGCUUCGCACCGCCUUCAUACUGAUCAGCAGGUAGAACAUAUUAUGAUGUUAUUUUUCACUUUUUAGUUUAGUGGGUACGUUUUUAGGUUUUGAAGUCGGUUGUAUUUUUUUUAUUAAAAUUUUUAUUAUGUCAAACAAUGAAUAACGCAAAUCAUGUUAAUAUAUAAUUCUAAAUGUUCAAAAGAGAAUAGAUGGCUUUAUGCUCAUGCGGCGCAUUUUUAUUUUGUAUUUUUAUAAAAAAUUAGUUAACUUAUCGAAAGUUGAUACCUAAAUGCAACUUAAACGGGUUUACCAAAGAAAAUAAAAGAUAUUUAACAUUGAACAAAA